UGAAGAAUUUGGUGUUUAAAGCAUUAAGAUAAUAGCCUUCAGUUGUUCAUGGAGUUUUUCAUCAGUAUGUCUGAAACCAUUAAAUACAAUGACGAUGAUCAUAAAACUCUAUUUCUGAAAACACUAAACGAACAACGUCUGGAAGGAGAGUUUUGUGAUAUUGCUAUCGUGGUUGAAGAUGUGAAAUUCAGAGCACAUAGAUGUGUCCUUGCUGCCUGCAGCACCUACUUCAAAAAGCUCUUCAAGAAGCUCGAGGUUGAUAGCUCUUCAGUAAUAGAAAUAGAUUUUCUUCGUUCUGAUAUAUUUGAAGAGGUCCUGAACUACAUGUACACAGCAAAGAUUUCCGUCAAAAAAGAAGAUGUCAACUUAAUGAUGUCAUCGGGUCAGAUUCUUGGCAUCCGAUUUUUGGAUAAACUUUGUUCUCAAAAGCGUGAUGUAUCUAGUCCUGACGAAAAUAAUGGUCAAUCCAAAAGUAAGUAUUGCCUCAAAAUAAACCGCCCCAUGGGUGAUGCCGGUGACACUCAGGAUGAUGAUGUGGAGGAAAUUGGAGAUCAGGAUGACAGUCCUUCUGACGGCACAGUAGAAGGCACCCCCCCGAGCCAGGAGGAUGGCAAGUCACCCACAACUACGCUCAGGGUUCAGGAAGCUAUUUUGAAAGAGCUGGGGAGUGAGGAAGUUCGAAAAGUAAAUUGCUACGGUCAGGAAGUAGAAUCCAUGGAGACCCCAGAAUCAAAAGAUUUAGGGUCCCAGACCCCUCAAGCCUUAACUUUUAAUGAUGGGAUGAGUGAAGUGAAAGAUGAACAGACCCCGGGCUGGACAACAGCUGCCAGUGACAUGAAGUUUGAGUAUUUGCUUUAUGGACACCACCGUGAGCAGAUUGCCUGCCAAGCCUGUGGCAAGACGUUUUCUGAUGAAGGCAGAUUGAGGAAGCAUGAAAAACUCCACACAGCAGAUAGGCCAUUUGUUUGUGAAAUGUGCACAAAAGGUUUCACCACGCAGGCCCACCUGAAAGAACACUUAAAAAUCCACACAGGAUAUAAGCCCUACAGUUGCGAAGUAUGCGGAAAAUCAUUUAUUCGCGCCCCAGACCUAAAGAAGCAUGAGCGAGUCCACAGUAACGAAAGACCUUUUGCAUGCCACAUGUGUGACAAAGCCUUCAAACACAAGUCCCACCUCAAGGAUCAUGAGAGGAGACACAGAGGUGAAAAGCCUUUUGUUUGUGGUUCCUGCACCAAGGCCUUUGCCAAGGCCUCUGAUCUGAAAAGGCACGAGAACAAUAUGCACAGUGAAAGGAAGCAAGUUACCCCCAGUGCCAUCCAGAGUGAGACAGAACAGUUGCAGGCGGCAGCAAUGGCUGCCGAAGCUGAGCAGCAGCUGGAAACAAUAGCCUGUAGCUAGAGGUGAUGGAACAGGAGCUCUCUGCCUGGGAGGAGGAGACUGAGAGGACAUGGAGCCUAAUCAAUGAAUGCUAGUCCCUUUCUUUUUGUGAAAACUUAUGGGGCAUUGUACUCACUGGAGUCAAGGCAGUGCUUGGCUAGGUAUUUUUAAAACUUUUCCAGGAAAUACGUUCCUAGGUUCUGACCAAACCAUUUCACUGUCCAGCCUGGUGUCUAGUAUUAAUGUUGCCAGUAAGUCCCAUCCUUUCCUACCCACCUUUUUUUGUGAUUUUGAACUCCAGUGUCUCAUUUAGAACUUAGAGACUUCUAUUCCACUUUUAACUACUCUCUUGCUGCACUGGUAAGUGUGCUGUACAGAAUCAUAAUUGAGUAAAUUGAUUUCUUAAUCAUCACACCAAUAUGUGACUUAUGGUCAAAACAGCAAUUUUAAUAACAAAAAUACUU